AUGAGAACAGUUUUUUAAUUAGUCAAUAAUAAUUAAUAAAUUUUCUUCUUUCAAUUUGAAGAAUGGGGUUUGUAUAUAUACAACAAUUAAGAGAUGAAGAUUAUUUUGAAUGAAAAAUUAGCUUUAAAUGACUUUGCUGUUUAAAUUAAAUAUCUAGAAAAUAUUUAAAUUUGUUUUGAAAUGAUUUACCUGAUAAUUUAGACCGGAUUUCAUUUAUUUGUAUUUAAUCAAUUUCAAUCUCAAAUUUUUUUUAAGUCCUCAGAAUUUAAUAAAAAUAACAUUAUCCUAAAGUUGCAACUUCAUUUCUUUUGUAUUAUAUGAUUCUUCUACCAAUAAAACCACAAUUUAGAGAAAAGAACAAAAAUAUGAAUAUUAAUUUGAAGGUAGACUUUCAAAUAUAAAAUUGCUUCAUGGUAUUCUUAUGGUAUAAAAUCACGUUUAACUUCAAAUCAUAUAUAAUUUUUAAUUCCAAUAGAUUAUUAAAUUAAAUUCUACUGAUGUUUUUUUUAAUGAUUUAUAUGGUUUGAUAUAUUUUCAUGAUUAAAUAUUGAUCGAGAUAAUAUUUUAUAAAUUCUCAUAUCCCCGAAAUUUAAUUUAACCUACUUCAAAAUAUAUUUUUAUGUUUUCAGUUAUUAAUACCUGCAUUAAGUUGAAAAUAAAUGUUAUAAGAUUUAAUAUAUUACGAAAAAAUAGUCUCAAUCUAUUUUAGUUUUAAACUUUAAUUAUAAAUGUUAAAAUACUGAGUCAUUAUUAUAUAACAAGAAGGGUUUGUCAUUACCAUAUUGAUAUCAGAUAGAAAUUGAAAAAGAUUAUAAAUUUGGAAUUAAAAUAUCAAGUAAAUAAUCUUUUUUUUUUACUUUGCCCAAAUCAAAAAACAUCAAUUAAUAAGAUAUUCUUUUACUUUAUUAUAAAACUAAUUAUCAAAGAUUUUCAGUCUUAAAAAAAAUUUCGUAGUUUAUUAUAAAGUUGUUAUAAUUUGCCUAAAUUUUAAAUUAAUACCAGAGAAUGUUAUUCAUUUUCUUUUUAAAGUUAAAUACUUUUAUGGUGUUAGAAUAAAAAUGGGAUUAGACUCAUUAACUUUAAAGAUGUAACAAUUAAGAAAUUAAAGUGA